UGAAUAAACCUUUUCGCAAUAUAAAUAGGUUCUCCACUCAAACGUCAUUGACUCAUCAACAUAAACAAACCAUCUUCUGAUCACUGAAACUUUGAAACUUGUGAACCCACGAUAACAUAAACCAAAAAUGAUUUCUCUGUUGGGUCCACCAGAGGUCCACAAAACAGCCCCACAGCCAUCACAGUCUCAGCCACAAGGCCCACAACUACCUUCGGCUGACCGUUUCAUUGAUCUAAUGGUGGCCGAUUUCAACAAAAAGACGGUGGCUGCAACGCCUCCCAUGGGCUUCACCGAGAAUGCUUCACCCACUUUUCUUUCUUCAGGAAACCCUUGUCUCGAUUUCUUCUUCCACGUCGUCCCCAAUACUCCACCUCACGUUUUGACCCACCGACUUAGCUCUGCAUGGGCCCACGACCCGUUGACCACCCUCAAACUUAUCUGUAAUCUAAGAGGUGUACGUGGGACCGGCAAGUCCGACAACGAAGGCUUCUACGCGGCUGCGCUUUGGCUACAUUCGCUCCACCCCAAGACCUUAGCUUGCAACGUGGCGUCGUUUGCGGAUUUCGGGUAUUUUAAGGAUCUCCCAGAGAUAAUCUACCGACUUAUAGAGGGCCUGGACGUGAGGAAAAUACAAAAAGCCGAGUGGAUGCAGAGGAAGGGAAGCGGAAGAAGAAAGUCUCACGAAAAACGUGGCUACAGAGUCAGAAGCAGAGGAGGCCGCAAACAACGAAGAAAAGGCCGCAAAUAAUCGUUGCUUCCAAUAGAUACACGAAUCAAGAACGCAGAGGAAAGGAACAAAAUUGAGAAAGAAAAAGCGAGCAAGUUAAGAAAAGAAAAACGAUUCGUGAUGGCCAAGAAAGUCGUGGAAAGAUAUUCACAUGAUCCGGAUUUUCGGUUCUUGUACGACCGAGUUUCAGAUCAUUUCGCGGAGUGUUUGAAAAACGACAUGAAGUUUUAUGAAGCCGGAAAGUUUAGGAAAGUAAGUCUAGCGGCUAAGUGGUGCCCCUCUAUUGACUCAUCGUUUGAUCGAUCGACGUUGAUUUGCGAGAGUAUCGCAAGAAAAGUUUUUCCCAGAGAGUCUUAUCCUGAAUAUGAAGGGAUCGAAGAGGCUCAUUACGCUUAUAGAGUUCGUGAUCGGUUGAGAAAACAAGUGUUGGUGCCACUGAGGAAGGUUCUUGAAUUGCCAGAAGUGUACAUAGGUGCAAAUAGAUGGGACUCGAUACCGUACUAUAGGGUAGCUUCUGUGGCCAUGAAGUUUUAUAAAGAGAAGUUCUUGAAACAUGACCAAGAACGAUUCAGUAAAUACUUGGAAGAAGUAAAAUCUGGGAAAGCGAAAAUUGCAGCGGGUGCAUUGCUUCCGCAUAAGAUCAUAGCCUCUUUGGACGAUCUUGACGGUGGACAAGUGGCAGAGCUUCAGUGGAAGAGAAUGGUGGAUGAUUUGUUGAAGAAGGGCAAGUUGAGGAACUGUUUAGCGGUAAGUGACGUCUCAGGCAGCAUGACAGGAAUACCGAUGGAGGUGUCAGUAGCAUUGGGUGUUCUGGUUUCUGAGUUAAGUGAAGAGCCAUGGAAGGGGAAAAUAAUUACUUUCAGUGAAAACCCGGAGCUUCAAAUGGUGGAAGGAGAUGAUCUGAAAUCCAAAACAGAGUUUGUGAGGAACAUGAACUGGGGUGCUAAUACUGAUUUUCAGAAAGUGUUUGAUUUGAUAUUAAAAGUGGCUGUGAAUGGGAACUUAAAACCAGAACAGAUGAUAAAAAGACUGUUCGUGUUUAGUGAUAUGGAAUUUGAUCAAGCUGGGAUCAAUCCUUGGGAAACAGAUUAUCAAGUUAUUGUGAGAAAAUACACAGAGAAGGGAUACGGGUCGGUGGUGCCGGACAUAGUGUUUUGGAAUUUAAGAGACUCUAGAGCUACACCGGUGCCUGGAACACAGAAAGGGGUAGCGCUUGUGAGUGGGUUCUCAAAAAAUUUGCUCACAUUGUUCUUUGACAAUGAUGGAGCCAUUGACCCGGAGCUUACAAUGGAAGCUGCCAUCUCUGGAGACAAUGAUGGAGCCAUUGACCCGGAGCUUACAAUGGAAGCUGCCAUCUCUGGAGAAGAGUAUCAGAAACUAGUUGUCGUUGACUGAUUAGAAUAAUAUGAGUCUUUUUUUUCAUGGAAGUGCUAUGCCCAACCAUCUUCAAAGCACUGUUAAAAUAUAUUUUAUUAGCAUUAAUUGACAAUAAAAUCAUUUUUAAU